AUGCUUUUACCCAAUGUCCCCGCCAAGUGGAAGACCUUCAUCAUUGCGCUCACUAACGUUGGAACACCUCCAAUACCUCUGCUCAACACUCAGUUCAUAACCAAUGGAAAAGGCACAGCUCUGUGGAAAAAACAUCAUUCCACCUUUGAGAUGCGCAACCUUCAGCGACGCAGAAACACUAGCAUGCGAAGUGUUCGAGGACUGCACGUGUUGGCCCGCAGAGACGACGGCAUGCAAGUGCAGAGACCUUCCAAUAACAUCAUGGUUUAGUAAAAUCGAAAAUCUAUUACCGGUGACGUUCCCAUCAAUAUCGUUCCGACCACACCCGCAGUCAAAAGUUCAGUCAACGAUUACUAAUAUGGUGACUUCAAAAAUCAUAUUGUCAUUUCGUCAUUUCAAGAUACGUUGGAGACUGAAAUACUGACGGAAGAUGCAAUAUGUACGGUCACCACAGACGAAUUAAAAGGGUGUUAUAGUUGUCCAAAAGGUAGCUCAGCCCAGGUCCUUUGCAAAUCGCCUCGAAACAACAUCCAAGCUGAAGUCAUUUGCGAUUCCGCCGCCUUUUCAAUACCUUGCAGUACCACUGGGAUCGCUUCAAUAUUGCGCUUCAGCCUUUCCAAAGCACGGAACCAACUUCAAUGUUCUGCUUCAUGCGGACAAAUAAGCACCUCAUUUGAAAUAAGCAGUAUCCUCAAUUUCACAGCUUCGGCCCAAGGAAUUGCAGAACAAUGGUUGAGGGGAGAGUCAAUAUCCCAUUCAGACAGCUCCUGGCCUGAUCUGGGACAUAUUGUGUCAGUAUUUUUGCAAUGGUACAAAACCUUGGCAGCAGCCAUGGUGGGACUAGCCAUCACUGUUGGCUUAACAUAUCUUUUUCUGCUUACGUGCGGUGCUAGAAUUUUGGGGUGGAUCCUUUAUACUACUGUUAAAGCAAUCAGUACGGUAGUCAAACUUUUCUUUAUGGGAAUCAAGAAAGUAAUGUGCAUAAGGCCCCGUAUGCACAACAAGCAGCAUUAA